AUGUCAACAGAUUAUCUUCACGAAAUAUCAUCAGCACAAGAUCAAAGAUUAUUUCCGAUUCAUGUGAUCAACAAGGCUUUUAGUAUUGAUUCUAACUAUAAAACAGAAGUAGUAAGAAUGGUCUUUGCUGAUAAAAUUGUAUUUUUAAUUUCGCAAUUAGAUUCCUUGAUCGGAACUGUAAUUAAAGCUGAAAAGGAUGCAUCAGCACUAACAAUGACAAUUUCCAACACUAUGGAAGAGCCACUGGAUGAUUAUGAUCACAUACCUGAACCUACCUAUUCAAUUAGAACAUUAUUUGGAAAAAGAGCUCCUUCUUUGGAUCAUCCAAUGGGAGAGACUUACCUUGAUAUUGAAACAAUAUUUGCUAGAAAAUUAAUUGAAGAUUUGUAUCAACCAAAACCAGUCAAACCAGCAUUUGGAAUGAUGGAACCUCCAAUGCCAACACAAGUUUUGGAAAAACCUCUAGUAUUGUGUAUUGCAUUUUCCAAGGAGUUUCUGUCAAGACUGAAAGAGCCCAAAGUAGGGAGACUUGUUAUGGCUCAAUUGAUUGACUGUGUGGUCAAUAAAUUAUAA